UUGACAGUGAUGCCGGCUCUCGAGCGAGCCAAGCGAGAGCAUUGGGUUGAAGGGCAGUGGUUCCGGGUCUUCGGUAGAGGAAACAACGGAGCGAGAGGACCCGAGGUCCUCUCACAUACAACGCACACAUUAUACAUACACGCAAGGCGAGAGGACCCGAGGUCCUCUCACAUGCGAUUUAUCAACAAGGCGAGAGGACCCAAGGUCCUCUCACAUACGAUAAACCAAUACAAGGCGAGAGGACCCAGGGGGUCCUCUCACAUACCCUUCCAAUACGAAGGGGGAAGACCCGAGGUCCUCCCUCCUUCAGUUUGAUAAAGAAGCAGAGAUCGAAUAAAAUUGAAUAACGAAGUAACUUCGCACUGAAGAAGCUUCGACCAUACAUUUAUCAUAGCUUUAGUAUGGUUCAACGGUACUCAGAUAAAUCUGAAUUACGGAUGAAAUUUGACCGCCUAAAUUGCCCGAACUACCUUAAGUAAGCCUUAAUCGUCCGAACAUCCAGUCCAAUUCAAACAUUACGGCGCUGAGGAUUCCUUCGGUUGCCCAGAUAGACAGUUUCCAGCGCGGUGACGGCACGAUGACUGCGCGGCACGGUACGCGUGCCGUUACAUACGUGUUAUGUCUGUCCGAACAUGACUGAUUUCUAUCGCCACGGCGUGCUUCUACCGUGCCGUUACGUGCUGCAUUCGCAUACACUUCAGAAGCGGCACGGCAACAGCACACAAGCGUCACAUGAUACAAGCAUAGAUGUUACCGAGACUACACAGUAGCGGGAUUCUGUAACUCGUUAUGCCUAUAACGAAUCGGAACGUUAUGGUAACGAUAGCGACGUCUGCCGAGUGUAACGACAAACGGAUAACGACAGUAUGAUUCCGUAACUCCAAAUAGCGUUGCCUCGACGUUACAGAAUGCGAUAACGAAACGUCGUUAUUUAACGUCGUCGUUACGUUUCAAGCCUUUGCGGAAGUGACGUUGACUACGUGAAAUAGUAAAAUCUUUCGUUGGUUGAUGUUGAGAACCACCGGCAUUUUAGUAACUUUUUAUAAAUAACUAGUAAUCGUCGAAUGGGAAGCAUUGCUUACAAAUCGUGUUUCUUUGUGCCUUUCAUGGUUUUUAAUCUCAAUGGUGCCUUUGUUGUUGCAUGUACUUUGACGUGAUUUUCGAUAUUUAUAAGUAAAAAAAUUAUUUCAUUCGACAAUAGCUCCACAAUCGCAGUAAGUAAAUACGUUUGUAACGAAAAUAUUUAAUACAUAUAUUACAAUAUGACAGGUAGAAUUGUAGGUUAUACAUACGUAUUUAGGACCGAGUUUUCUAUCACCCGGUGAAUUUUAUUAGAUUUUAUCUUAUAGUUAAAAGUCUGUUAUCCGAUGCUACAACCUGCAGGUAGAAUUUUCCUGAAAAUGGAACAAUCAGCCGUAAAUUCGUAGUUGGUAUAUAUAUAUAUAUAUUUGCUUAAGUACAUCAAAUCAAUCAAACGUGGUUUCAAUAUUCUUUUAGGAACAAAAUGUGUACGGCAGUAGGUGCGAGGAAAAGGCAAGCAAAGGCAACCUCAUCACAAAUCGAUUUUAUGGUCGAUUAUUUUAUACAGAAUCCCCAUGUUGCUACAGGGAAAUUCCAAACUUUGCACGGUAAAUUUGAUUUGUCCGCUUCAUGGGAGAAGUUAGCGGAACAGUUAAAUCAGAUGUGGAACGAUGGAAGAACAAAAGACGUGAAGUCAUGGAAAUCCACGUGGCGAGACAACAAAACAUUGGUAUCUCAAAAAGUGGCAAAGAUACGUGCCAAUCAAGCUGCAACAGGAAAUGUUACGGGUCCUCCUGUAAAACUAACCGAGCGCGACCAAAAAAUUUUGGGCUUAAUGGGUCACGAUUACGUUGAAGGUGUUGAGAGUCCGGAUGCAUUCCCAGAAGAACAGGCCAACGCCAUUGAGCUACUCGCAGAGGGGGACGAAGAUAUAUUGGAAAUCGGUGCUAAUUCCUUGACAGUGCGUAGCAACAGUGAUAUCAGUGACAGCACCCAUUAUACUAAUUAUGACCAGCUGGACGACCUAUUAGAAGGGACCGAUGAAACUGAGUUGUUUCUGAUAAAAAACAAAUCAGUGAAAAAGCAAAAAACGGCAUUAACAGCAACAGACGCUCAAGCAGCUGCUCUAUCCGAACCGUGUCAAUCAUCGAGUCCGCAGAAACCAUCAUAUGCACUAUCAACAUCCGACAAAAAUUCAAGUCGCCAAAAGACCCCAAGUCGACCAGGAAGAGUCACAAACGCCAUAAAGCGUUGUCCCAAUAGGCUGGGCAUACAGUUGCAAGAUGCACGGGACGAUUUUGUGGAUCUAGCUGAACGACAAAUUUCGUGCAUGGAGAUGUUUGCUAAAACUAUGCAACAAAUUGCGGACAAUGACAAAGAGAGGAACGAAAUUUUUCGUACCUUGGUCGAAAGUCAAAAAACUCGAGACGAGGCAUUUUCGCAGCUCACUGUUGUAAUAAAAGACUGUGUUGACGCUUUAAAAAGGAAUUGAAAUUUUUUUUAUCUAAAUAGAGUUUUUUGUUUAUAUAGAUGUUUUAUAUUUAAAUCAUUAAGAAUUUUAUUGAAAGUUACUUGUGUAGUGUAUAAGUUUACAUAGUUCUUUAACCUCAGACUAAAGUGCCAUAUUUUUGAUAUUAUAACCAGCUCGAUGCCAAAUAUUAAAAAAAUGGAAACAAAUUACAAUAUA